AUGAAGUUUCUGUUUGAGCGACAUGCUAACUUUUUGCUCCGCAGUAUCUGCCCAGGCCUCCACCUCGCUGAUGCGUCCACCUGGAUAUCCUCCGCGAGGUCACUCGCCGUGUUUGAUAUUUCCAAGGUCGUUGAGAACGGUUUUGAGAUCACCCCUGAGGUUGACCCCUCAUCAGGUACAAUCAGCCAUCCCAAACCCUUCAAGUGCUCUAUCAAGGCUCGCUCUGCGCAAGCUCUUGAGCUCAUUCAGCAGGAUGCUAACUACUAAGAAACGAACAUCUAGUUUCCCUGUGUAUGCUUUUUUU